UUUUCUACUGUAUAAUUCAAAAUGGCGAACAUAUAGCAUUUUUGAUGGUUUUGUAAAUUGGUGCUUACAAAAUGGGUCGGUCGGAAAAGGGAUCAGCUAUCUGCACCAUCAAAUACCUGUUUUUGAUAUUCAACAUUAUAAUUUGGGUAUUGGGGUGUGGAGUGUUUGCUGUUGGAAUAUGGAUGCAGGCUAACAGAGAUUCAUUCUCCGUCGUUUUACCCAGCCAUAGCUUUCUAACUGCUGCAUCAUUAGUAAUAAUUGCUGGAGCCAUCACUCUUGUCAUUGGAUUUGUUGGCUGCUGUGGUGCGAUUGCUGAAAACAAGUGCAUGAUGGUUGUGUAUUUUAUAUUCGUACUUGUCAUAUUUGGAUUGGAAGUUGCAGCAACAGCUUUGAUAUUAUCAUAUCAGAAAGAUAUUAAAACAGCAAUGAGAGAAGAAAUGUUGUACAGUAUGGAGUACAGCUCUGAUCCAGGCAUCCAGUCGGAGAAAAGAGAAGGAAUAACUCAGCUGAUUGACUCAAUCCAGACAGAUCUGCAGUGCUGUGGGGUCAACAACUACACAGACUGGUACGAUAUCAAGGAUCGUGGCCAGCAGGUCCGACCCUCCUGCUGUGUCGACCCCUCCCCUGGCUGUGAGAAGUCUCAGAGCUUCCUGUGGAACACAAAGGGUUGUAUGGAAGAAAUAGAAUACCUGUUCUCUAAGAACAUGCAGUACAUAGGGAUUGCAGGUUUAUGUGUGGCAGUUAUACAGAUCUUGAUGAUGGCAGCUUGUAUAAUGUUGUUCUGCAACAUGAGAGAUAAAUCUAAAUACUGAGACAGAUUUUUGACACAAACCAAACUGGUGCAGCAGAAAAUGCCAAAGACAGAAGUAUUUCAGCUUAUAUUCCUGUGAUACUAUCAUAGUGUGCUGAAUCUUCAGGCGAAAGGUGCCUGUAUGACAACAUGUAAGCUUUAGAGUGAAUUGACUCUGACAGUUCAUAUACAUGUAAUACUGUAAAUUCCUAAUUAAACGCGAGGAGUUAUAUCCGUUUAAAAUUGCGAGAGGCAAAUCUUGCUUUAAUUUUUCUUACAGAUGUAAACUGAAUGAAACUAUGAUAAAAAUUUGAUGUUUUAUAUUCUCAUGAUUUGAUGCAAAACAGCUGAAUUGUGGAAUUAAGUAUUUGCAGAAAAUAAGGAACUACAGUUAUAUAGUAGCUAAAUUCUACAAACUUAGAUUUUGUUGUGACUACUUUGAUAUUGUAAGUACCCAUAUUAUUUGUCGGUUAUUGGUUUUGAAUUGAUUUUGGGUCUAAGUAAAACAGCAUUUAGCUAUCAUUGAUGAUAAAAAUUGUUCACUACUGUUGUUGAAUGUUACAUAUCUAAUCUGGUUAUACAAUACCCACCAAACCACUCAUAGUUUUAAUAUUUAAAAAAAAUUUCCAGUACAAUACAAUAUUAUCAUUAUGAUUUUUUAAAAAUUACCAGUGUUUGACUGUUAUCUUUCAUAUUGUAUAUAUUUUUUAAAUUUUUUUGAAAAUAAAAAAUGAUGACGAAGAUUUUAUAACAUUUUUGUUCAAAGUUAAAUGUUACUCUCUUUCUAUCAAGCAAAAUUUACAAGCGGCAAAUGUCUCUCAUUGUCCAUAACCCUGUACAGAAAUAAAAACUUUUUUCCAAGAAACUAUGAUUUGCUAAUGCCCUCAAAUUUUCAUUUAUGGCUCAAACUGCAAGUCUUAGGUUUUGCAUAUAAAGAAACACUCAUUGUCUCAAUCUUUUUUUGCCCCCCCCCCCCCCCCUCCCCCCACCCCCCUUCCUCAUUCGAUAUCUACUGGCUAGCUAUAGUGGGUGUUAAAUUUUAUACAGGCCUGUUUGGCUAAUUGUUACUUAUAUACAUCUAUUGUAUAUUACCAUUUUAUGAUUUUUGUUUAUUCUUAUAUACAUGUCUAUAAAGGUCUGUUUUAAAUUUGACAUUUGAAAACUGAUGAACUUGUCUUAUAUGAAAAUAAUUAUUUACAUUUACUGUGUAUUAUCUGCUUUAUUUCUUAGUCAAAUAAUUUGUAUCAAACUAGUUAAUGGAUUAAGUAUAUCAAAGCCAUUUACCAAUCAAUAGAUAUACUUGUAUAUUCAUUGUACUUUUAUAAGAAUACAUGUCCAGUGUACUUUAAGAAAAGAAGCAAACAUUUUCCAUGUUUAUUAAAUUGAAAUUGAAAAAUAAUGUACACACAUAGACUUUUUCCUUAUUAAUCAAUGGACUCAUCAAGCAUUGAAAACAUGGAACGUUAUAAGGCCAAAGAUGUAAGUCGUAAUUUUCUUAUAUGGAUGAAUUGUCUCUUCCUAAAUGAUCGUGAACUGAUUAAUCACUUCUCACUGUUAAUGAGUAAUUUAAAAAGUAAAGAUUUGUAUGGUAUAUAUAUAUAUUAACAAUUAAAUUAAAGCCUUAAAAUUCUUCUUGAGUUCAAGCAGGAUAUAAAUGUUGUGACAAUUACAAAAAUCUUACAUAACCUGCCUUUGCACAUGUAUAUGUACUAGGUAUUUAUUCUUGCAAUACAUGUACGGUACCUACAAGUGGGUAUGCAGUACCCACAUGGAUAAACAAAGAAAGCAUUUAUCAAUGAUGUGUUUAAUAUUUAAGUGUAUGAUGAAUGCAUAUUCAUUAAAAUUUACAUUCAUGUUGUGAUUUUACUCGAAGGAGAGUUCAAUAAAUUUUAAUGAAAAUCUCAAA